CCUGAGUGCACCUGAGUGUACGGAAACGCCGCCGGUCGGUCGGAUCAGCUCGUCCGGACGAAGGUUGCUGACGGCGCGGGGAUGGAUAGACUCUAGAGUAGGUAUCGGACACGUGCGCUGCUCAUGCACUCGACUCGACGACAUACUACUGGAUUGCUACUGGAGACGGUCGGAAGCAACGUCCAACGAAGGUUCAAGGCGGCCGCUGCGUUGCCAUGGAUGUAUACGGUAGCACCGUACAGUAGGAUGGAGGAUUGGGGAUGUAGGAUGGAGAAAGGAGAAAGUAUUCCGCCGAUCCGCCGCCGUCGCCGCCGCCGACGCCGGCGAGAUGGAUCAUGGAGUGCCAACAACUCGCCCCUCCCGGCAACUGCUGGGCUGAGGUGUUCUUGCAUCCCAUCCGUCCUUGACGAACAGGCUCACCUCACCGGCCAGUCAUCAUCUGACCGGUCUGUCGGGCGGGCCCAUUCGUUCGUUGCCCCUCCCCCGUCCCCCAACAACAGCCAGGAGAGGACCCAGCCAGGAGAGGAAUACUAUACCGUAGAGUACAUACCCACUCUCCAUUCCCACACCACAGUGCACACACCGACCUACGUGGACGUACGUCCCGGUCGCUCGCGGCGGCGGCGGUGGUGGUGGAUGUGGUGGAUGUGGCGAGUGAUUCGUCGGGAUGUCUCAGAGCUCACUCACCCACACAGCGGGGGGGAGAACCACCUGAUCGUCCGUCGUUGCCGAGAAGUAUAUUCACCCACCACCCACCCACCGUCCACACACACACACAUACACAUACACACACACACACACACCGCGUCGGGUGCCUAUACCGUACCCGUUCUCUCGCUCGCUCGCAGUCGUGGGGUUGUAAACGGGACCGGAUCUCGUCGUGCAGUGUGCAUUUGCAGUUGCAGUUGCAGAAUAUGGGGUGCAGCGUACACUACAUAUGUAAGUAUGCACGGAACCUAGAUACGAUGGCAUACUUGGUAGGUAGGCAGUUAAUAGGCAGUUAUGUAGGCG